CUUCAAGCAUGCCCCGUCGAACAAAAGUGUGUGUAACGUCGAGAGUCGAAAUUUUCAAAGGAAGCGAUUGAGUGAGUGACAAAAAAUACAAAAAUAUUAGCUAUAGUAGUUUCUAAAGAACAAUAAAUAUCAAGUGUUAUUAAAAAGAGUUUCUAACGAGAUUACCUAUAUUAUGUCAUAUUCUGCUCGCGGUCCACCCAAGAUUGAAGGAAUGAUUUCAUUAAAAGUUGAUAAUUUGACGUAUCGCACUACACCCGAGGACCUUAGACGAGUCUUUGAACGAUGUGGCUCAGUUGGUGACAUAUACAUUCCCAGAGACCGCCAUACUCGCGAAAGUCGAGGAUUUGCUUUCGUUCGAUUCUAUGAAAAACGUGACGCAGAAGAAGCACUCCAAGAAAUGGAUGGACGUGUACUUGAUGGAAGGGAGUUGAGAGUACAAAUGGCUAGAUACGGAAGACCAACAUCUCCGCAAAGAAGACGUUAUGACCGUCGUCGUAGCAACAGAUCGCGUUCUCGUGGUGGAUCAAGGGAUAGAGAUCGUAGACGACGUUCUCCUUCUUACGAAAAACGCCGUCGUGAUAGAUCAGAAAGAUCUCGUUCUCGUGACAACAAAAGACGAUCAGAAAGCAAUUCAAAGAGUCGCAGUGCAAGCAAGUCUUCGCGUGAACAUUCACCAGUUCGCAGAAAUCGCAGUCAAAGUCGUGAAUAAAAACAGACAGUCAGCUUAGAGCAGCUUCUUUUGAUCAAAUCAUCAAAACAGUGCUUACAAAAAAAUGAAUAUGCGUUUAAAGAAUGAAAAGGAAGUUGCCGAUAUUUUGGCGGUGAAUAAAUGUCCUGUUUCGUGUUAUUGAAGAGUACAAAAGCAUGCUGAUUCCAGUACAUAUGCUGCUACUGCUGUUAAACUGUGGAGACAAUUUUCUCUUAAAGCUGAUAGCUAGCUGUACAGUUGCAGUCGCAGUACAUGGUGUUUGGUGAAUUUUUUGGGAUAAUGACUGAAGAUUGGAAGUGGGUGUGAAGAGAUAGGAGAAAGGAAAUCGGUGUUGUUUUUGGAUAGAAUCGGAUUUUUGCCGUUAGCUGUAUUUUGCUGUAGAAAAAAAAGUGUUCCCGUGCUGAAAAAAAAAUGUCUUCGCUGUUGGUGCUGUUUCAUACUAACAAGUCAUUUUGUUUUACACUCAUUUAUUGUUUUUUGUUUAAUUGCGACUUUUUCAUCCUCAUCAUCUCUCAUAAUUAAUUUUUGUUUUCACAAAAUUAUGUCCCUAAAUCUAUCUUGGAAAUCAAUUCAAGAAUAAUUUUACAGACUAGGAAAGAAACUGAAGAGAAAAUUAGUCAACAAGGUAAGUAAUAUUUAAAUGCAUAAAACUUAAUUUACGUAUGAAUAAAGCAUUCUAUCAUUUAACUUAAACAUAAAUCCUUUAUUGUUGCUAGUUAUUUCUAUCAAAAACUUGUUUCAGGACUUUGAGGUCGAUUGCUAUUACUUCUUACUGUAAUAGGUGGUAAGUUAACAUAACCGGAA